AUGCUGAUCAAAGUCCGCACCCUCACCGGCAAGGAAAUCGAGCUCGACAUCGAGCCCGACUACAAGGUUGCCCGGAUAAAGGAGCGCGUCGAAGAAAAAGAGGGCAUCCCCCCUGUCCAACAACGACUUAUCUUUGGCGGAAAACAAAUCACCCAUCCACACCAACAGAAAGACAAGAGACAAGCUAACCAGCCCCCUCUUCUCAACAACAGGGCAGACGACAAGACAGCAUCCGAAUACUCCCUAACCGGUGGCGCGACCUUGCACCUUGUUCUCGCCCUGCGCGGUGGCCUGUAA